GUUUAAAACGGAAGGAAUCCAAUCUUAUAUACAACCCAGUCAGCUAUUAAAUGUUAAAGUGUGCUAAAUAUUUAAUGGAAAUUAUAAUACAUUUUUGACACCGCAGUGAACGUUUUAAAAUAUUUCGAAAUGUUUACAAACCGUGGUGUUUCUUAAAAAUGUCAUCAGGGGCGUCAAGCUGAUGGUUAUGUAAUCUCUGUGAAGAUUCCAGAAAUCCAACAGAAAUUUUUCGCAUCAAAUACCAAACGACAGUGUCUUUGCCAAAAGAAAAGUUAUUUCUGUAUUCGUCACUAAGCUGUGAAGAGCUCAGUUAGGAAUGGUGGUUCAAAUAAUUAUUCUGGUGAUCUGCACCAUCUGCCUGAAGCACUAUGCGAAAGCGGAGUUUCAACAAAGUCUGGCCAUCACCGACAUCCUUCCCGAGGACAUCAAGCGUUAUGACAAGAUGAGACCGCCCAAGAAGGAGGGUCAGCCCACGAUAGUCUACUUCCAUGUGACGGUGAUGGGUCUGGACUCCAUCGACGAGAACUCGAUGACCUAUGUGGCGGAUGUGUUCUUCGCUCAGACCUGGAAAGACCACCGCCUGCGAUUGCCGGAGAAUAUGACGCAGGAGUACCGAUUGCUGGAGGUGGACUGGCUGAAGAACAUGUGGCGACCGGAUUCGUUCUUCAAAAACGCCAAGUCGGUGACCUUUCAGACGAUGACCAUACCCAAUCACUACAUGUGGUUGUACAAGGACAAGACGAUACUCUAUAUGGUUAAGCUGACACUGAAGUUAUCCUGCAUUAUGAACUUUGCCAUUUAUCCGCACGACACGCAGGAGUGCAAGUUGCAAAUGGAGAGCUUGUCCCACACCACGGAUGAUUUAAUAUUCCAGUGGGAUCCCACUACGCCUUUGGUGGUGGAUGAGAACAUAGAGUUGCCUCAGGUGGCCCUUAUUCGCAAUGAGACGGCGGACUGCACCCAGGUUUACUCCACGGGCAACUUUACCUGCCUCGAAGUGGUCUUCACCCUGAAGCGUCGCUUGGUUUACUAUGUCUUCAACACCUACAUUCCCACCUGCAUGAUUGUGAUCAUGUCCUGGGUGUCUUUCUGGAUCAAGCCGGAGGCGGCUCCAGCCCGCGUGACCUUGGGGGUAACCUCACUGCUCACUUUAUCCACGCAACACGCCAAAUCGCAGUCGUCCUUGCCACCGGUUUCCUAUUUAAAGGCCGUGGACGCCUUCAUGUCCGUCUGCACGGUGUUCGUGUUCAUGGCCCUCAUGGAGUACUGUCUGAUUAACAUCGUCCUCAGUGACACGCCCAUUCCGAAGCCAAUGGCCUAUCCGCCCAAGCCGGUGGCGGGCGACGGGCCCAAAAAGGAGGGCGAGGGGCCUCCCCGUGGCAGCAACUCAGUGGCCAGCAAGCCGCAGCAGGCCACCAUGUUGCCACUGGCCGACGAGAAGAUCGAGAAGAUUGAAAAGAUUUUCGACGAGAUGACCAAGAACAGGAGGAUUGUGACCACAACCCGGCGCGUGGUGCGUCCGCCGCUGGACGCCGAUGGCCCUUGGAUUCCGCGACAGGAGUCGCGCAUCAUUUUGACCCCGACGAUUGCGCCGCCGCCACCGCCUCCGCCGCCGGCGGCACCGGAACCGGAACUCCCGAAGCCGAAGCUGACCCCCGCCCAAGAGCGACUCAAGCGGGCCAUCUACAUCGACCGCUCCUCGCGCGUCCUCUUCCCCGCCCUCUUCGCCAGCCUGAACGGCAUCUACUGGUGUGUGUUCUACGAGUAUCUGUAAGAUUCCCACUUCCGAGUCCUGCCCUGUACAUACUUACUUUCGCUGGCCCUCUCUGGCGCUCCAUCCGAGUGUUAAACGUUGAUUGUUCGCAUAUAUCGAAACGUAUAUCGCAAAUUUACUCUUAAGCUUUCACGCACAAGCUUUAAGUCAAUGAAUUUUAAACAUAGAUGAUUGUUGAACCACAAAACAGAAACAGAAAAAGAAACUGAAAUAGAAACAGAAAGGAAGGAUCUGAGGAGAACACAGGACAAAUUACAAAUUAUCAAUUCAAUUCCUAAAAUGCUUAAAGUUAAUCAAGUGACGUAGUAGCUGAUGUAGAUUAAGUGAAUUGUAAUUUAAUGUCUCAAACAAAUGCUUUUAAUUGUAA